AUGACACUUAUUUUAUGUCCAGCAGCUCGCUUGGCUUUUGACUCAUCCCUCCGUUUGCGAGUCUUUCCCCGCCAACUCCGUUUCCCUUUGCGCUUUUCCUCGACUGUGAAUCAACCUCAGCAGGCAAGAAUGGAGCACGAGGGUCAAGAUACUCGUCGGCCGAAGAAGCUUAUCUUCGCACCAGGCGACAUAGCCCCAACCCCAGACCUAAAAGCCACCGCUCAAUCCCACUCCCAAUCUCAAACCUCCAUCUCGGACAUCCGCAGCGAAACCUCAACCCCAACCUCUACAACCGAAACCCAAAUCCUCUCAAACCCAUCACGAGCCCACCAAUUCACCACAAACCCACCCCUAACAAUCUCCCAAAUCCACAAUACAAACCCCCUCCACCAAUUCCACACCUGGUUUCGCGAUCCCCGACUCCCAGCAUCCUCCGCACCGGAAACAUGUACCCUUGCAACAGCAUCCAUGCCCUCGGGUCGCGUCAGUGCCCGAGUUGUCUACCUGAAAGAACUAGAUGAGCGCGGCUGGGUGGUGUACAGUAACUGGGGCAGUCGCGAAGGGAAGGGAGGACAAGUCUUCGGCACCGGAACCGGAAGCGACGAGCUACCGGCAAUGCCAGAACCAGACUCCAUUCAGCAGGAAAUCGGAGUCGGAAAUAAAUGGGGCGCGCUUACAUUCUGCUGGUCGAAUGUCGAACGCCAAGUUCGCAUCGAGGGACUCCUUGAACCGUUGUCUCGCGAAGAAAGCGAAUUAUACUGGCGCACCCGCGAGCGAGGGAGUCAAAUUGGUGGCUGGGCUAGUUGGCAAUCUCGUGUGCUGUGGGAUGCACAGCCGGAGAUGUUGGCUGAAAGACAGCGCAGGAAGAGUGUUGCGACGUUGCAGGAGGGUGUGGCGGGUGACAUCCCGCAUGAUAUUGAGCAGACUGAUAUCGAGGAUGGGAGGUCUCUGCUUGAGACAAGGGUCAAGGAGAUGGAGGCUAAAUUUGAAGGUGUGAAGGAUAUCCCUCUGCCGCCUUUCUGGGGUGGUGUCCGACUUGUUCCUGAGUCUGUGGAGUUUUGGCAGGGACGACGGAGUCGUUUGCAUGAUCGGUUUAGAUAUGUUCGCAUUGGGAGUGAACACGGGGAAGGGGCUAGCUGGAGGCACAAAGAAGAUAAAAUGUCUUCACCAACACCAACACCCAAAUCCUCCACGUCCCCAUGGAUCAUCCUCGCCAUAACGAGUGGAGCGUUCGCCGCGUUGAACGGUGUUUUUGCGAAAUUAACAACAGAUAACCACACCACAUCAUUCGCAACGUCCAUUGCGCACCUCCUUGGAAUGGAAUCUUCGCCUUUUAUUGAGAUGGUUGUUCGAGGUGCAUGUCUAGGCCUAAACAUCCUCUGCAACAUAAUAAUGUGGGCCCUCUUCACGCGUGCCCUAACAGCCGGACCGUCAACAACGAAGGUGUCUAUCACGAAUACAGCGAGUAAUUUCCUUGCUACGGCAUUGCUUGGUAUGAUUGUCUUUAGUGAGGCUGUUGGGGGGCUUUGGUGGGUUGGAGCUGGGAUGAUGGGGGCUGGCUGUAUUCUUGUUGGUAUGAGGGAGGGGGCUUGA